AUGACAAGAUUAAGUUUAGGCACUGAUCAAUCUGCUCUUUUAGCCCUGAAGGCCCAUAUCACUGCAGAACAGGAAGAAUUCUUGUCAAAAAACUGGUCUUCUACAGCUGCUGCAUCCUCUGUUUGCCACUGGAUAGGAGUCCAAUGCAGCUCUCGACGCCAGAGAGUCACUGCUUUAAAUAUUUCAAACAUGGGACUCACCGGCACGAUACCUCCGGAUUUGGGAAACCUCUCCUUUCUUGUUUCUGUUGAUCUGAGAAAUUACUCCUUCCACGAAAAUCUGCCCGAAGAGUUGUCACACCUACGCCGCCUGAGGUUCAUCUUGUUUUCCAACAACAAAUUCACUGGGGAGAUUCCAAUGUGGUUUGGUCACUUUCCCGAACUCCGGUUCUUGUUUCUUGACAACAAUGGUUUCGGUGGCUUUAUUCCUUCUUCAAUCUCAAACUCGUCAAAAGUGGAAGCUUUAACUCUAAGAGGCAAUUUUCUGGAGGGUAAUAUUCCAGAAAAGAUGGGAAAUCUUUCAGUCCUCAAGGAUCUGUCUCUAUCUGGGAAUUAUUGUUGUGGUACAGAACCAGAAAUCUUGUAG